UGUAAAUGCAUCAUAAACAGACAGCCCAGAAUGAAGAAAGCAAGCAGGAGUGUUGGCUCAGUGCCCAAAGUGCCUGGAGUAAAUAAAACUCAAGCAACUGAGAAAGCCAAACCAGAAAACGGCUCCUCAGUGUCUGCAGUAACAAAACUCUCCAAAACCGGGACAGCAGCAUCUCUUUUGAAGACUAAGAGUAAUGAUGACCUCUUAGCAGGGAUGGCUGGUGGCGGUGGAGUGACAAUAACCAAUGGUGUCAAGGCAAAGAAGAGCACUUGUGUAUCAACAGCAUCUUCAACUUCAGGGACGACCAUGAACAGUCUGGAAAAUAAACCCAAAACUAUUGCAGGUACAAGUUCCACAACUAAGCGUAGCGCUUCAUCUGGAAAUAAAGAGUCAAGCUCUUCUAGAGAAAGAAUACGCGAUCGUUCUCGUUUAAGCCAGAGCAAAAAGCUGCCUUUGACUGGACAGGGGACCAAUGAUACGGUACUGGCAAAACGCUCCCGUAGUCGCACCAAUCCAGAAUCAGAUAUUCGAAUGAGCAAGUCCAAAUCGGACAAUCAAAUCAGUGACAAAGCUGCACUGGAAGCAAAGGUGAAUGAUCUUUUGACAUUAGCAAAAACUAAAGAUGUGGAAAUCUUGCAUCUGAGGAAUGAAUUAAGGGAUAUGCGUGCUCAGCUGGGACUGAACGAAGAUCAGCUUGAAGGUGAUGAAAAAUCUGAAGAAAAAGAGGCCAUUGUUGUUCAUCAGCCAACUGAUGUAGAGUCUACAUUGCUACAGUUACAGGAGCAAAACACUGCCAUCCGAGAAGAGCUCAACCAGCUGAAGAAUGAGAAUCGAAUGUUAAAAGACAGACUAAAUGCAUUAGGCUUUUCUCUGGAACAAAGGCUGGACAACUCUGAAAAACUCUUUGGCUAUCAGUCUUUGAGUCCAGAGAUUACAGCAGGCAACCACAGUGAUGGUGGGGGUACUCUGACGUCUUCAGUGGAAGGUUCUGCUCCUGGAUCAAUGGAAGACUUGUUAAGUCAGGAUGAAAACACUUUGAUGGACAACCAACAUAGUAAUUCCAUGGAUAAUUUAGACAGUGAGUGCAGUGAAGUUUAUCAGCCACUGACAUCAAGCGAUGAUGCCUUAGAUGCUCCAUCGUCUUCAGAGUCUGAAGGUGUACCAAGUAUAGAAAGAUCUAGGAAGGGAAGCAGUGGCAACGCAAGCGAGGUGUCCGUAGCUUGUCUGACAGAACGGAUACAUCAGAUGGAAGAGAAUCAACACAGUACGGCCGAAGAGCUCCAAGCCACACUUCAAGAGCUUGCAGAUUUGCAACAAAUAACACAAGAGCUAAACAGCGAAAACGAAAGACUUGGAGAGGAAAAAGUAAUCCUUAUGGAGUCUUUGUGCCAGCAAAGUGACAAGUUAGAACACUUCAGUCGUCAGAUCGAGUAUUUUCGGUCCCUGUUAGACGAACACCAUAUUUCAUAUGUAAUUGAUGAAGAUAUGAAAAGUGGUCGCUACAUGGAAUUAGAGCAGCGUUAUAUGGACCUUGCAGAGAAUGCUCGGUUUGAGCGAGAGCAGCUCUUAGGUGUUCAGCAGCAUUUGAGCAACACUUUGAAGAUGGCAGAACAAGACAACAAGGAGGCCCAAGAAAUGAUAGGGGCAUUAAAAGAACGAAAUCACCACAUGGAACGGAUUAUUGAGUCGGAGCAGAAAAGCAAAACAGCGAUAGCGUCUACCUUAGAGGAGUACAAAGCCACAGUAGCCAGUGACCAGAUUGAGAUGAACAGGCUGAAAGCUCAGUUAGAGCAUGAAAAGCAGAAAGUGGCUGAGUUGUAUUCUAUACACAACUCUGGAGAUAAAUCAGAUAUACAAGAUUUGCUGGAGAGUGUCAGGCUGGAUAAAGAAAAAGCAGAGACAUUGGCCAGUAGUCUGCAAGAAGAGCUGGCACACACUCGCAAUGAUGCCAAUCGAUUGCAAGAUGCCAUUGCUAAGGUUGAAGAUGAAUACAGAGUGUUCCAAGAAGAAGCCAAGAAACAAAUUGAAGAUCUCAAUGUGACUCUAGAAAAACUUCGGACAGAACUGGAUGAAAAAGAGACUGAGAGAAGUGACAUGAAAGAAACUAUCUUUGAGUUGGAGGAUGAAGUGGAGCAGCAUCGUGCUGUGAAGCUUCAUGACAAUCUGAUCAUAUCUGAUUUGGAGAAUACCGUUAAAAAACUUCAGGACCAAAAGCAUGACAUGGAAAGAGAGAUAAAGAAUCUUCACAGGAGACUCCGGGAGGAGUCAGCAGAGUGGCGUCAGUUCCAAGCUGAUCUCCAGACUGCAGUGGUUAUAGCAAAUGAUAUAAAGUCUGAGGCCCAGGAAGAGGUAGGAGACCUGAAGCGUAGAUUACAUGAAGCUCAGGAGAAAAAUGAGAAGCUCACUAAAGAGUUGGAGGAAAUAAAGUCACGCAAGCAGGAAGAGGAGCGUGGUCGAGUGUACAACUACAUGAAUGCUGUAGAGAGAGAUUUGGCAGCUCUAAGACAAGGAAUGGGCCUGAGUCGCAGAUCAUCCACCUCCUCAGAGCCAACUCCCACUGUAAAAACACUCAUCAAGUCAUUUGACAGUGCCUCCCAAGUUCCCAGCCCUGCUGCUGCCACAAUUCCUCGUACUCCCCUGAGCCCAAGCCCCAUGAAAACUCCUCCAGCUGCGGCUGUAUCCCCUAUGCAGAGGCAUUCUAUAAGUGGACCAAUCUCAGCUUCGAAACCCCUUGCUACGCUGACAGACAAAAGACCAAGCUAUGCUGAAAUCCCUGUUCAGGAACAUUUGUUGAGAACAUCUUCUACCAGCAGGCCAGCAUCUUUGCCAAGAGUACCCGCUAUGGAAAGUGCCAAAUCUAUUUCUGUCUCUCGAAGAAGUAGUGAAGAAAUCAAGCGGGAUAUCAGUGCACCUGAUGGAGCAUCGCCAGCAUCUCUCAUGGCAAUGGGUACCACCUCACCACAGCUGUCACUCUCAUCUUCUCCUACGGCAUCAGUCACCCCUACAACCAGAAGUCGAAUAAGGGAAGAGAGGAAAGAUCCCUUGUCUGCCCUAGCAAGAGAAUAUGGAGGAUCCAAGAGAAAUGCCUUGCUGAAGUGGUGCCAGAAAAAAACAGAAGGCUAUCAGAAUAUAGACAUAACAAACUUCAGCAGUAGCUGGAAUGAUGGCUUGGCUUUCUGUGCAGUCCUCCAUACUUACCUCCCAGCCCAUAUUCCCUAUCAAGAACUAAACAGCCAGGACAAGAGAAGAAAUUUCACUUUGGCUUUUCAGGCAGCUGAAAGUGUUGGUAUCAAAUCUACUCUGGACAUCAAUGAAAUGGUGCGAACUGAGCGUCCGGACUGGCAGAAUGUCAUGCUGUAUGUUACAGCAAUUUACAAAUACUUUGAAACCUGAAACCCUAAUAAUUCAACCAAUCCAUGGGACAGAACCAACAUGAGCUACCAGAUCGAAAUAUUACCGAAAUGCUAAUCCCUGUUUCACUGAGAAGUGGCAACAUUUGAGUCCCCUCAAAAUUCAGUGACACUACCCUGGAUUGUCUCAGAUUGCUUCAGCUACUAAGCCUGGGAACAACUGUUUAAAAGCAAGAAUUUGUUGCCAGAGUGCUUGGAAUAAUCCAAGUUAUUAAGCUAUUCAGAUUAAUUAUGUAGCCUAAAGAGCCUGGACUACUUAUGUGCUGCCUUUCCAGCCAGACUUUCUGAAGCUUUCUUUCCUAGGAGAGUGAGAUGAAUGGACCCUCCAGCAUAUAGGAGACUGAAUGUACAGCUAAAGCUUUGAGAAGGAAAAGGAUAACAUGGCAUUGUGUUACUGAACUUCCUGUAGCAUCCUGAUACCACAGAGUCUGAAUAUUCUACCCACAGCAUAUGGCACCCC